AUGCCAGCAACAAAGAUGGUGUAUGGUUCUCUCCCAACAUCGGAGGAGCAAAAACAACACCUUCAUAGAAUUAAAGAGGCUCAAGAAUAUCUAUCAAGUCACAGAGUGAAGGAACUCUAUUCAAAAUUGGUGUACGAGUUGGUAGUGAACAGACCCAAUCAAGCAAUUCCCUUCAUGAUCGAGAGGUUAAAAGAAAUUAAAGAUAUCGGACUCGAUAAACCAAGACAACCACGACCUAGACUUAUUUCUGUUGUCACAGACUGCAAAGACGAUUUUGAAAUCAACCAAGCUAUCAAACAUGUAGCGACAGAUUUCAACAUGAAAAUUAUCAACCCCAAGAAUUUUGCAAACAAUCAGGAACUAAAAACGGAUCUCGAGGAAUAUAUGGAAGUUUCAAAUUAUCGAGAUUUUAUAAUGCUUCACUCACCUUCCAACAUUGCUGAUCUUAUUAACAUGGAACAAGAUGUUGUGGAGUUUGAUAUGUGCAUUUAUUUUCAAGACAUUUCACUCCCUCCUUCCUCUGCAAUAACUGACCUUCAAAUUGUUUUGCAGUACUUUGAAGCAGUUGGAAAGUUUAAUGUGAUUCAGGUGACGAAAGAAUUAGCAGAAGAAAAAAUUUUUGAUUCUUUGAAAAACCUUAUUCAUCCUAAAAUUUAG